AUGAGAAAAUACAACAUUGGAGAACCCGAGAGCUCAGCCAGCCCAGAAAGCCAAGGUGACAGCGAAUACAGCCCUCUCGAAGACCAGGACUGCGAGGCCAAGUGUGCCAUCGAGCAUGACAUUCCGCCUGGGGACUUUGAGUAUCAGCAUCAAGUACCUUUGGGUAUUCAGGCUGCAGAGGUUCUGCUCGCCGUUUGCGACACCGAGGGCGCGUGGACCGAGUACUACAAAGCAGGUACAGGUGCGAAUGGACGACUAGACCUGACAGCUCUUGCUCGGUCUGCUGAGACAGAGGAACAGCGCAAAGCUACCUUGCGCCUGUUGGAGGAACACAUCCCCCCUUCCUGGAGCGGAAAAGAUUUAGCACAGCACCGCCUUUUGCAUGCUCUUGUUGGCGACCCCAUGAAGGACAAAGUGGGAAACAUGACACAGCCUGCCGCCAACUUUAUUUCGAGCAUCACGGCGGCUGUCGACAACUUCUUGUCCCCAGUCGGAGGGUCGGUCAACUUGAUCCCCUACAUUCUCCUCGACAACUUCAUCGUGACGCAUCGGGAAAUCCUCACAGAGGUAGACAGGUUGCGGCUGGGAUCAGUUAUCAAUAAUGUUGACUCCCAGGUCUUGAAUGGCGGCAUCGACAACCAGGUGCAGGCUGGCAGCUUUUCCAACCAAGCCCCUUCGUCACCGACCAUGCAUGUUAUUCGGCAAUGCCUCGCAUGGUGCCACACAAAGCUUUACGGCAUAUCUAGCAACACUAUCAACGUAGCGCUGCUUACUCUUAAAAUCCAACCUGACCAACAUCAAGAGGCAUGGAAGAGCCUCUUCGAGCUAUACGGCACGCUAUGGGGCACACUAAGAGAGCAGUGCACGAUCGAAGGCGACUGGCCGGAGUGGGCGAGCCUGUCCAUCGAGGUCAUGCAUCUGUCUCAUGCAGAGGUUUUGGCGAGUGUCUGUUGGCUUUUGGUCUAUCCCAAAGACUUUGAUGACCCCGAUUUCUCUGUUCCCAGCGAAGAUGAGGGCGGCCUAUUCAUGAGAUCCAGACUGACGUCUCAUGCGGCUCUCCAUCAUGCAGACAACGUCUUGUGGAUGGGUUUCCGUAAUGCGCUCGUGCGGUUCAACAGACCUACCGUCGCGGAUACUGAAGAGAACAAGGCAUUCAAAGACGCUGCCAUGGACUCGUUGAGGGCUUUCGUCAAGGCCACACUCACACUCAAUGGACCGGAUAGGGGCGAUGAACUGGGUGAGAACGAUGACCCUAGCGCUACACUGAUGCCAAGCCUGCCCUUGGGCGGAGAGCUGAUGAUGGUGCAGAACGACAGCUGGUCCUCCGCCCUUUCUGUUGAUACCUCCACGGGGGGGUUCAUCCCAGCUUCGUCCUUUGCUGUUUCGCCUCAGAUGGCUGCGUAG